CAUGCGCAGUUCCAACCCGGAAGUGGGGGCGUCUCGUGUAGUAAGUUAUGGCCAUUCAUUAGUGUGUGUAUGUUGUUGACUUUGGAGAUUCAUGCAGUGUGUGCAGAUGUUGCGCGCGGCUCACAGAUGUGUCCUGAACCUACAGAACAUCUGCAGCACUGUGACUUCAUGUACAGCGCCUGGAAAAACGCUCCACUUUGUCAGAAAAGACAUUUUUCAUGUUAAAAAGGCGACAUCGCUCCUGACCCUGAAGCUGACACGGAGUUUGUGUUCAUGUUCUUCAGUGAGAAAGUGCUGGAGUUGCGGCUCAUCUGCCCAGCUGUUCUUCUGCUCCUCCUGCAACACCAUCCAGCCUCCUCAUGACAAAGCUACUUAUUUUCAGAUUUUAAACUGUGAUGAGACGUUUGCUUUGGACACGCAGAAGCUUCAGGGAAAAUACAUAGAGCUGCAGAGAUCUCUGCAUCCUGACAAGUUCAGCCAGAAAUCACAGACAGAACAGCGAUAUUCUGAAGAGCAAUCAGCCUUGGUAAACAAAGCCUACAGGACUCUCCAGAAACCUCUCACACGGAGCGUCUAUUUGCUGCAGUUGCGAGGAGUCGAGCUGGAGGAAGGCACAGACUCUGCAGCAGAUCCAGCCUUGCUAUUGAAGCUCAUGGAGGUCAAUGAGAAGCUGGCAGAGACUCUGAGCCUCGAUGAGGUCAACGCUAUAGGCCAGGAAGUGCAAGUGACAUUGAAAAACCUGACUGAACAGAUGAAUGCAUCUCUAAACAAAGGGGACCUGCAGUCAGCCAGAGAGAUCCUGACCCAAAUGAAAUACUUUGCAAAUCUGGAAGAGAAGGUAAAAGAGAAACUGAGGGAGAACUUGUGAGGUGGUGGAGAAGGACUGUAAAACACUUCCUCUGUAUACGCGCUGCAGCCGUGUUGCAGCUUAAUCACAUGCCCUUGAACAUGUAAACUUGAAUAUGUGGUAAAUUAAAGUCUGUUUUUAA